AUGUCUCUAGCCUUGGAGGGAGAUCUGACCAUCAAAGAAACGGACGAGAUAGGAACGACGAUCGCGACGUAUGUCUACCGCAGUUCCAAGGUCGAGAGGGGGGCAGAGAGUGUUGAAGUCAUUUCACCACCGCAGCCCUCGUCAACAUCGUAUAUAACCUCCCUUUUGAACGUAUUCCUUCCAGCCGGAUACCCACACAGCGUCACCGAAGAUUAUCUCGAGACUCACUCCAGGCAUUCUCAAGCUCAAUUGCAGGCCUCUUAUCCUCCAGAGCAGUCCUACAAGGUGCGCGUCGGUGUCGGAGAUGCCACCGCUUCCCCGACGGCUGCAUUGCUCCUUAACGUCCUCCAAGAAAGCAUGGGCAGGAUAGCAACCAUCCUAUUCGCUCAUCGUCUCGGAACGUCUCUCGAGCCAGAAUGUAAAAUGUACAGACUGGCUGCAGACAUACUCAACGAUUCAGCCAUGGUCUUGGACUGCUUAUCGCCUGCCUUCCCUAAGCCUGUGAGGGUAGGGUUUCUUAGUCUUUCCAGCGUGUUGAGAGCAUUAUGUGGUGUUGCGGCUGGCAGCUCAAAGGCUAGUUUAAGUGCUCAUUUUGCUCGAUGGGGGAAUCUGGGGGAGCUGAAUGCGAAAGACUCGAGUCAGGAAACGAUUAUAUCUCUUAUUGGGAUGCUGGUAGGCAGCGUAGUGGUAUCCUACGUCUCAUCUCCGUUGGCAACAUGGAUUGCACUGCUGUUCCUCCUCGCCAUACAUCUGGCAACAAACCACGCAGCGGUCAGGGCAGUCAACAUGACGACUCUAAACCGACAGCGUGCAAAUAUCGUAUUCUCAGCACUGUUCGACGAUGACCAGGUCCUCACGCCAGCGCAGGCGUCGAAAGAAGAACGGAUAUUCGAAAGUGACGGCGUACUCCGAUGGAGAGCCGAAUCUAAUGCAGUAUUUGGGAAGUGUCGGAUUGGAGUCUCCCUAGACCAACUAUUGUCUCUUCUCCAGUCAGACGAUGACCGUAGGGGUGAACGAGGAACUGCAUCCAAUAUUGACACCAACAUCAGCCUGCCUGCUCUGAUUGGCCUAUUCAAAGACGAGGAAUAUAUCCUCUACUUUAGCCCCCUGGAUCGGACGGGCACCAUUGUUUUGAAGGCCGGAGUCGGCGCACAAUCGCAGCUCAAGGCCUGGAGCCACGCAUUGCUCGUUUCUCGAUAUCUCGCGAGAACGAGUGCUUCGACAAGGGUAGACGAGAAACGUGGCGCGCAGGACGAGGCUUUCUUGUUCUCUAUCUUGAAAUGCACGCUGCAAGAACACUCGCAGGCAUUUGACGACAAGAUCCGGCGUCUAAGACAAGCUGGCUGGGAGACGGACACCGCAUCCUUGGAAACCAGGCCUGGAAGGAGGGUCUAUGUAUGUAUUUGA